GCUCCUUCAAAUUCUUUAUCUCCACAGCUCCCGUGUUCUAAAAUCUCAUAUCAAGAUUUGAUAAACUUCACAGAUGGCUUCUUCAAACAUGAUUCUUAAGCUUUUGGUUGACAAGAGAGUCCAGAAAGUCUUAUAUGCAGAAGCAAGCAAGGAGUUCGUGGAUCUUCUUUUCCACAUCUUCGCUUUACCUCUUGGCACACUCAUCAAGUUCCCGAGCUCCAAACAAAUGGUGGGUUGCUUAGGUAAACUCAAAGAAAGCAUCGAAACCCUUAAUCAAACCCACCUUCAACCAGACCAUGAUAAGCCCUCUGCAUCAAAAGCAAAAACACUCUUCAUGUGUAGCUAUGCUCCAGGUUCAAUACCCUUUGAUGGGUACGGGUUUUGUGGACUUAGGCAUGUGAGUGAUCAUCAAGAUGCUAGGUGUCUGCAGUGUGGUCGUUUGAUGAAUGUCCCAAUGACGUUCGUUAGGUGGCCUAGUAAUGAAGAAGCUGUGGUGAAGGAGACUGUUACUUAUAUGGUGAUGGAUGACCUUGUAAUCAAGCCAAUGUCCACCAUCACAAGCAUUACUCUCAUCAAUAACUAUGGUGUGAAGGAUUUGAGCCAGCUUGAGGAGAUAGCAUUGCCUUUUGGAAAAGAUGAGGCAUUUGAGCUGCUGAAGUUAUCUUUGAUGACCGAUCAAGUGCUAACAACUCUAUUCCGGCACAUAAAAGAAGCUUAG